CAAAAGAAUUAGUAGUACUCUAAAUGAUGAUGUUUGGAUUUCAAAUAUCAAAAGAUGAAUUACUUAUGCAUGCUCUAAUCAUCAAGAGAAAAAAAUAAUUUAUUUUUUUACAUAAGGAUAAUUUGGUAAACAUUACACUUCAUCAUUGAUUUCUUAAUAUGCGUGUUUUUGGCUAAGAUGACACUUGUUAUGAGACGGAGGAAGUUUUACGUAUUUUCUAUAUAAUUUUCUGCAUUAUCACAUUAUUGGUGGUCAAAAUUAAGCAUUUUAAUAUUAAAAUAAAUUGUAUUAAAGUGUCUUUCACUUGAUUCAUUAUCCAAUUCAUAGUGGCAAUAGUUGUGUCCGUUCUUUGCCUCAUAUUAAAGUAUCCAUAAUGGUGCAGUUCUUAUUAGCUGUUAAGGGGCAGUAACUCAUUUUCCGUUGGAGGCAUAAUAAGACAAAAACGGUCUCUUAAUUUCUGACGUUCUUAUUGACCAUAAUGUGACCAAUAUUCUUUUGUAACAUUUGUAAUCUUCUACCCAUUAUUCUUCGUAUUCACACCACUUUAUUAUCUCUUUAAUUCACUCUUUUCAUCCAAUUAAUUCAAGGAUGAAAUUUUUCUAACUAUAAAUAGUUUGUCAUCCUUACCUUAUGAGUAGAGAAAAAAUACUUCGGAGUAAAAGAGUGAGGAAAAUAAAAGAGAGUUGAAUUAGUUGAAAAAAGGUGUUCUUCUUUGUGGAGCUUUGGACUCAACUUCUUGUCCAGAGUUUCUUGAGUUAUACAACGUGAUAGGGUUGUUGUAUCCUAGAGGGGACAAGUCAGAAAGAUUACUGCUGGACCGGUGAAGAGACUUGCUGCAGUGGGAUUGAAUCUCUUUAAAGAGAGCGAGAUAUCCGCGCCUCAGCCAAAAAUAUUUUUAUUUCUUUAUUUUAUUUUUCAAUUGUAAUUGUAAUUUCACCAACAAUUAUUACUAGCAAGUGAAAUGGAGCCGUGGAAAGACCUGAGAGGAAAAGUAGUUAUGGUAACAGGCGCAUCAUCAGGAAUUGGGCGAGAGUUGAGUCUCAACUUAGCGAAAGCCGGUUGCAGGAUCAUUGUUGCAGCUCGUCGUGUUGACAUGCUGAAAUCUCUCUGCGAUGCGAUUAAUUCAGAGGGCCAGCAGCAACAUGCAUUCGCCCUCGAGCUUGACAUCACUGCUGAUGGUGCUACAAUUGAGGCCGCUGUACAAACAGCUUGGGACGCCUUCGGAUGUAUCCAUGCCUUGGUUAACAAUGCUGGCCGUAGAGGUAGUGUGAGCUCUGCACUAGAAUUGACAGAGGAGGAGUGGGAGAAAACCUUUAAGACAAAUAUCAGAGGGGCAUGGUUUGUGUCCAAAUAUGUUUGUAGACGCAUGCGCGAUGCUAAACAAGGCGGAGGAUCUGUUAUUAAUAUCUCUUCAGCUCUUGGUCUGAACCGGAUACUAGUACCCGGGGGUAUUGCCUACUCUUCUUCAAAGAUGGCUCUUGACAUGCUCACUAGGAUGAUGGCACUUGAAUUGGGAGUAUACAAGAUCAGAGUGAACUCAAUAGCACCAGGAAUUUUCAAAUCUGAGAUAACAGAGAGACUUAUGCAAAAGGUAGGGGCAAAUAAUGUUAUUUUGAGAACCAUUCCUCUGAGGGAUCUUGGAACAACAGAUCCGGCUAUAACAUCAGUCGUCAGGUGUCCCUAUUUAUUCAUCACUCUAGUCUAGAACAUAGGCAAGAUGUGUGGAGUAAGAAAAAACCGAAAAAUAACCGUUUAGGUGAUUUUUCAACCAUCGAUUGAAUGAUUGCUAUAUAUAGCCCAUAUUUUGGAUGCACAAGUAUCACAGCAUCGAAGCAUAAAUGAUGAACCUCUGUUGCCGCUUACUCCUUUUGCUUAGCCCCCCAGUCAGGCAGUUGAAGAGGCAGUAGAAGCUGAUAGACUCGGCUUCAUAUCUACUAGGAUGUUAUCUAAUUCUAAGUGUAGUACUUUAGCAAAGUAUAGUAAUUAUAAUGUAAUCACUAAUGCUACUGGCAGUGGCAACCUUGUUGUAACCACUUGCGCAUGUAUUGCCUUAACUAUAUAAUAAGAGAUCGUGUUUAUCAAAAAAAAAAAAAAAAUAUAUAUAUAUAUAUAUAUAGAUAUUUUUUUUUUCUUGUUUCUUCUUAAUAUACCAUGUAUGUCUUACCCAGCUUUGUAUUUUAUUUAUUAUUUCUUUUUUAGAUGCAAUGGUUGUUUGUUCCAACUAUAUUGUAUUUCUCCUUUUUCGAACCAAAUA